GUGGAAUAAUAAUUGCGGGAAACUCUGAUUACAAAUUUCAGUUUUGUUUGAUUUCAUAAUACAGUUGUUGGUUAUUGGAAAUGGUUGAAGGUCCGGGGUGUAAAUUAAAAGGGAUCAAAAUAAAAGCGAAACUUCUGAAGCAGACAGUUAAAGAUGUCAGUGGAAAUUCUGUUGAAAAGUUCAGGAAGAGAGGCAGCAGUGGAGAGUCCCCGUUCCAUCAGCUGAUUGGACGAUCUCUCGAUGAUGUACAGACACUGGGAAAGGAACUCUUCAUGUAAUUUGGGGAUAUUUGUCUCCGGAUCCACUUCCUUAUGUCUGGUCAGUCGUUCAUCAACAACCAACGGGUGGACAGUGAGUCAGGUGGCAAGGCAGAGACCCCAACCCUUGAACUGCAGAUGUCUGGGGAUCUUCUCACAUUUAGAAACUCCGCAGCAGAAAUCAGACCUUCUGUGCCCUGCCGGAUGAAGUAUGAAGAAUUGAACAACUUGGAUAUUUGCUCUCCAGUAUUCAACUUCAAGAGGGCGUUCUCUCUGUUCAGAGAGCAGCAGGACAGACUCGUUUGUGACGUGUUACUGGACCAAUUCAUACUCCCAGGUGUGGGAAACAUCAUUAAGAAUGAGGCCUUGUUCGACAGUGGAAUAAGACCAUCCUCCAAGAUCAGUGAGUUGAAAGAUGAGCAUAUUCAUCACCUCCUGAAGAUGACCAGGGACUUUACAGAAAUCUUCUAUAGGUGUAGAAGAGAUGGAAAGCCCUUAGCCCCCUAUUACAAGAUCUAUGGAAAGCGUAAGUGUGCUCAGUGUGAGGGAAGGGUUAUUAUUUGUCGCCUUGGUGAUGACAGUGACCGGGUUACUUACUACUGUGAACCGUGCCAGACUAACGACCUGAGCAAGCAGAGAAAGCCUCCAUCAAAGAACAGUUUGCUGGGUUGGGUGAAAACAGGAAGUGAUGUCAUCACGUCUGAUAAUGCUCAAUGGACAUGCACAUAUUGCACAUUAAUCAAUAUGCCAACCAGUAUGUCGUGCAGUGCUUGUCUGAAUGCUAAAACAUCUAGGAAGUCAUCCUGUUCACCAUCAUCUGCAAGUGGGCAAAGUAGAAAUGUUUCUUCUUGUGCUUUGCUUUCCAGUAAUGUCCAAAGUGUUCAUAAAGACAACAAAAGAAAGUCUUCAGAUACUCAUAGCUCAGAGGUAAAAACUAAAGUGCCAAAGUUGGAAAGUGAUGUUUGUGGAGCACGUGUAAAUUAUCCACACAAUCUAAAUCAACCGCAGGCAUCACAUCAGAAUCAAGCACAUGUGCUGGCAUCUCUUCAUCCAAGCAGCAAAAGCAAAGGUGCAGUAAAUGGCAACUCAGCAGCUGCUGAACAGACUAGCAAUCCUCAGAAGGUAGAAUCAGAUUGUAAAAUACCAACAUGUCCAACACACCAGAAAAAGUGUAGCAUGAAGGAAGUAAGGAAGGAAGGUCAGAACAAAGGGAGAUGGUUCUUCACCUGCAAUGUGCGCACAUGCAAUUACUUUAAGUGGGCAGAUGAGCAGUUCCCCAUAUGUGCAGGUCAUUGGCAGCCGUGUACCAUAAGGACUGUGAUGAAGAUUGGGCCCAACAAUGGCCGAAGGUUCUUCACUUGCAAGCUGCCCAAGAACAAACAGUGCAAAUUCUUUGAAUGGGCUGAGGGCUAUGAUUGAUACAAGCAGCGCUUCAUUUGUGUAUAUAUGAUUAUUUAAUUCACAUUAGCAGUUAAAAAUCUUCGUCUUGAAAAUGUGUUCACAUUGCGCUGUACUGGUGUUAUUUUAGCUGUAUAUUUGUACAAAAUUAUGGGUUUAAAUUGUCAUUUAGCCCUAAAAAUGUUAUGCAAUUGAUGACUUUUACGUGGAUUUUUAUGUUCAUGAUAUUAAGAUAUCAUGUCAAUACUUCUUGAUAGGACAUGUAUGUGAAUAUUUAUGAUUCAGAUAUUGAUUUUAUGUUCAUGUAAAUAUAUGCUUUGGUCUACCUCAUUGUUGUAAAAAGUAAUUGAUUUGUUAUAUAUGCUGCGCUAGAAGUUGACAACUUGUUUAACUAAGAUACAAUGUAUAAUUAAAUAUUGAAUGUUUGCAUUCAACUGAAAUGCUUGUAAACUGCUACUGCCAAAAGCAAAUGAAACCCUGUUAUGCCAUCUAAGUUAAUUGUUUGCGAGUGUUUAUUUGAAACGGCAACAUAUGUCAAUUUCCCAAACUUUCCAAAAGCUAUUGGAACGGUCAUCUGCUAGUGUUUGGAAAAAUGUAUUACCUGCACCAGAAUUUAUGUAACUUAAGUAUCGCUUUACAUGGAGCUUUAACGAUGCUGAAUCUGUACCUGCUAAGAAAUGUGUUGCGAUCUCUCGUUUAAAAACUGAUUUUGGAACUGUUUCUCAUUCUACAAGGUAUGCAUACAUCCAAAAAAAAUUAUAGUAAAAUACGCCCGAGGGAAAAAACGGUCAGUCUUUGCGGUCUGUAUUUAUUAGUCACAAAAAUGCUCACAAUCGACGAAUAUUUUCGCAAAAUAUUUCGUAAAAUAAAGGUAACCCAUUAAAAAUAUGUGUUUCUUACAGCAAUAGCCAAAAUUUUAAGGCUAGAUGUUGUCAUGAGAACUACGUCUUCCGACGCUGCCCGAAGCCAAUCUUGCAUUCGCUCGUAAAUUUUCGGAUAUCGUCGCGGGAAAUUCACAUGGAAUAUAUUGUCACAAAAAAAUAAAACAAGCCUUUUGUAUCUCGUUUAACAUAUGUUAAGUUUAAGAGGGCUUCAAAUCGUUUAUCAAUAGUUAGUUUUAAGGUACAGUAUAUAUUCAGAAAAGUAUGCGUUUAUUUGCAAAACUAGGUUAUUAUUUUACAGAUUCCGUAUCUUUUAACAUACUUCAUUUCAAUCUAACAUACAAAAAAAUGGAUGGAGCUGUGCUAAAGAUUGUUAUACGAUUUCGUAUGAAAAGACCUGGCGUUCGAAAAUCCAUUAAUAUUGAUGAUUUCUAAUGAAGUUGCUUUUAUGUUAGACGUCCAGCGAUCAAGACAGCCAGCAAAAACUAUUAUAUGUCGAUGAUCUACAUUGUACUUAUGUUUGUUUUUGGUCGAUUAUCUUCAUCCUUUUGAUUCUAAUAGCUGUGCGUGUAUAAACAAUGUGAUAAAAAUACAAACAUGUACGUAAUGCAUCACAGUGAGAAUGGAAUUGGAAAUCUGC